UCGAAGUGGGCUUCCACUUCACCCUAUCCACAACACAGACUCACACAUCAAUGCAAUUGCACUCAGCUGCCGGGGCGUGAGGGUGCAUUGCUGCCGAGUUCCAGUCGUCUUCAUCGCUUCAGCGCGCAUCCUUGUCUCUCCUCGCCGGCCUCACCCAGAAGAAGUCGCUUCUCCGCACACUCAGCUUAACGUUCCCCGCAAACACCGGGGGACGGCAAAGCCGAUACGGGCCCAGUAGCACCAUUAUGUUCGGUGGGUGGCCUGUCAGGUCUUGAUGAACUGCCGCCGCCGCCGCUUUCCUGGACUCGGGAGUUUUGGUAGCUAAAGUCUUUAACGCAACAUCGAGUAGUGGAUAUGGUGCGUUGACGGCCAUUUAGACAGCAAUCGCUGUGCAACUGUACUAUCACCACCACACCUGGCCAUGCCAUGGGCCCCAAACGAAAUAUCAAGGAGACCGAAGGUCUGAGCAGCAUCGCACCAGCCACUCCGGACCCGGCAUUCCUUCAACAAGCCGCCGGUCAUCAAGCCGUACCUGUAUCAGUCAAGCGUCAGAGAGUGUCGAGAGCUUGUGACCAGUGUCGAGCAGCAAGGGAAAAGUGUGAUGGGGUCCAGCCACAAUGCUUCCCUUGUAUCUCCCAGACGAGGUCCUGUACCUACAAUGUCAGUCCAAAGAAAAGGGGUGUUCAGACAGGCUAUAUACGCACACUUGAGCUCACUCUUGGAUGGAUAAUGGAGAACAUUGCCGGCGCGGAGGACGCCCUGGGCAAUGCUCUGGCUCAGGAGGGCAGCCAGGCACAAGCAGUCAUGACGGGCAAGGACGCCACCGCAGCAACUCGCCUUCACAAGAAGUGGGGGAGAAGCCGAGUACACAAGGAGAUAGAACGGCUCCUUUCUGGCGGCGUCACGCCCGUCCUUGAUUUGGAUGGGCGAUCUCCCUCAGUAGACGCAAACGCAAACAACACGGAUAGCUCGGUAGACACAGGCAAGAAUAUUGCUCCGGAGCCGCCAGACAUGCCAACUCGCAACUCUGCAGCAGGCCCUCACUUGGCAAUCACCCCGGAACAUACAUUACCAGACACCCAAAGUCCACGAACAAUGUUGCAGAAUUACUCAUCCGGACCAUCAUCCAACACGCCCAUACCCACUCGAACUCAGUUACCUCCGGAGCAUUGGCGGUUAUUGGACAUCUAUUUUUCGUAUACACAUUGUUGGCUCCCUAUUCUCGAGAAGCAAGCAUUGUUUCAAACCUCGUAUCGCUACACAAAAGAAGGUCUUUUGCUGGUUUCAACAGACCCCUCUUCGGCGGCGCAUGCUGAGCUCUGGAGUGUCCUCGCACUGGCAUCCUUUCAGAGUACUACGAGUUCACAGUCUCUUGCUGGUGAGGCUGGGAACACCACCCUUUCACAUCAUCAGAUCUACAAUACGGCCCGCGGGCUGAUCCCCUCAGAAUGCGAAAAUUUUCAGAUCAACCAUGCCCGAGCACUUUUGCUUCUAAGCCUUGUCAACAUGGCCCGAGAAAAUCGCACUGAUGCAUCGCUGUUACUUGGGUUCGCCAUCAGGAUUCUAUUGAACCUGCACUCGGGCGAGACACCGUCGGCUGGGAACACUACCAACAUCGAGGCAGCACUGAUGUCAUGUUUCAUGUUAGAGACCACUUUGUCUAUCGCUUACAAGCAACUGCCUCACUUGCGAGCCGAGGAUCUUGCGAGAUUUCCCUCCAUACCAGAAAGUGGGCUGGACCAGUGGGAGCCAUGGUCGCCAUGUGAAGGCUUUGGGAGCAAGUCGGUCGAUUUCCGGUCAUCACGGAAUCCUGCCUUUUGCGUCACUACGUUCAACCAACUAUAUGCAAUCCUUCUUGUGGUAUCUCAAAGGGUGCUGGCAGAAGGACGGGGGGUUUUCUCAGAGAUCCAGAAAUCUUCCUUCAGUGCGCAGUUGCAACAUGUUAUCGAAUCCGAGACGCCAUUUAGGGACUUCAUUCUAUCUGAAGCCUGCCAGCAUUCCUCGGUUCCAACCGCCUACAUUAUCCGGAUUUUAUAUCUUUGGGCAAUGCUGCGCAAUUCCAGAUCUUGCACCAAAUCUCUGGUCUCGAUGCUGACAGAGACUCUUGAGCAUUAUGGGAACAGUUUCCACGCUGGCACCAUGCCUCCUUUUCUACUCACAAGCCUCCGUUCCAUGGCAAAUGAAGAUUUUCUGGCAGGUUUCGGAGAACGGGACAGAGAGCGAUUAGUGGAGCUUGCACUGCGGUACUCAGCCUCUCGGUCAACCAACGUUUCAAAUAUGCCCGGAGCCCAUUUCAUUCCAGGUCCCAUUCACCAAUCGAUAAUAGGACGUGACCACACAGCCAAAGCUCCUUCUUCACUCGCCUCGAUGGUUUCAGGCUCAAGCUUAGCCCCAUUGCCAGCCUCAACUCCGAGUCUAUAUGGGGAUGGCCGAAGAAUGAGCAAUGCUUACGACCAACAAUUCCAGCAUCCCUCUGCCACCGGAAACCUGCAGGGGGGUUUUGGGUCAGUCAUGGCUUAUGGUGUACCAAACGUCGGCAUGGGCAUGCAUCAUUCCCAUACUUCAUUGGGCUUUGGUGGUCCUGACUACGAUGCUCUUCUGGAUGAUAUGGCCGCCACCGACUGCACUGAUUCCAUCGAGGUCGACCCUCAGUUUAUGAUCAAUCUGGGAUAUGGGCCUGGAUGCGACACUUCGGAGGUGUUCAGAAACAGAUUUGACGGAUAUGAAUAAACUUGGAUGGGAAACGAGGGAGGGGAAUAAGAACGAGCAGUCCCAUUGAGGAUCUUAAGCUCAUUCAGAAAUUCUAGAGUAGGGCUCAUAUGAACGCCAUCCACACUAGACUCCACGGGACCACUUGAUUCCUCUUGGUCACUUAUUUCACUCGCCACUCCCCAAUGCCCGGAUGCAAGGCUCGGUGAAUUCAAAAACCAUGCACGGUGGUCCAGGAAGACAACUCGUCCAAGCCAGAGCGGGCCCAUAAAUAUUACCAUACCACACGUCGCCGUUGACAACUGCAACCGCCUGGGCCCAAUUGAGAUCACAACAAAGUCCGAAUGAUAGCUAGAUACAAUGAAACCAAAUCUUAUAUACAAUACCAU